CACCCACAAGCGCGCACACACACACAGACACAUAUACACACACUAAUACACACACUCACUCUCGCACACACACUUUCACAUAUACACACACUCACUCACACACACAUACAUACACACACACACACUCUCACACACACUCUCACAGGCGCGCACACGUGCGCGCCCGCCCAGCGGAGCGCGGUCUCCGCCCCCCGCGCACACACAUACACGGCGUGCGCACACACACACAGACACAGACACACACACAGACACACACGACACACAAACAGUCGCGACAGACACAUCAAGCGGACACCGCGCACACGCACCCGCCCGGGCAUCCCGCGCUCCCCCGCAGCCGCCCGCGGCCCCGCCAUGCGCUGAGCGGAGCCGCGGCCCCGCAGCUCCAGCGCCGCUGAUCCCGCCCGCGCCGUGGGGGCGGCCGCCGGGCGCGGUCGCGGCGCGGAGCCGAUCCCCGCGAGCGAGAGGCGCAGCAGCCCGCGGAGGCCGGCGGCGGGCAGGAGGCUGAGACAGCCGGACAGGCAGGCAGGCAGUGGGAAGGAGACGAGGGACGAUUUGGACAUGCUCAUUCUCGGGCGCUUGGUUGCCUGCAUCCAGCUCAUCUGUAUCCUCAGAGUGGAUUUGGUGUACGGAUACUAUAGACAACAGAGAAAAUUGAUUGAAGAGAUUGAUUGGUCAUAUACAGGAACUUUGAACCAAAAGAACUGGGGCAAGAAAUAUUCUGCCUGUAAUGGUGCCAAACAAUCGCCUAUUAAUAUAGAUGAAGACCUUACCCAAGUUAAUGUGAAUCUGAAGAAACUUAAAUUCCAUGGAUGGGAAAAGGAAACUUUGGAAGAUACUUUCAUUCGCAACACUGGCAAAACAGUGGAAAUUAACCUGACAAGUGAUUAUUAUGUGAGUGGAGGUGGGUUAGACACCAUCUUCAAAGCAAGCAAGAUCACUUUCCACUGGGGAAAAUGCAACGCAUCAUCAGACGGAUCAGAACAUAGUCUAGAAGGACAAAAAUACCCUCUUGAGAUGCAGAUCUACUGCUAUGAUGCAGAUCGGUUUACAGAUUUUGAAGAGGCAGUUAAAGGAAAUGGAAAGUUAAGAGCUUUAUCAAUUUUGUUUGAGAUUGGACUAGAUGAUAAUCCGGAUUAUAAUCCAAUCAUUAAUGGAGUAGAUAGUGUUAGUCGUUUUGGAAAACAGGCCGCCUUAGAACCAUUUAUUUUGCUGAAUCUCUUACCAAAUGCAACAGACAAAUAUUACACUUACAAUGGGUCUCUAUCAUCUCCUCCAUGCUCUGAAACAGUUGAAUGGAUUGUGUUUAAAGAUACCAUAAGUAUUUCUGAAAAUCAGUUAGCUGUAUUCUGUGAAGUGCUUACAAUGCAGCAGUCUGGCUAUGUUAUGCUGAUGGACUACCUGCAAAACAACUUCAGAGAACAGCAAUAUAAGUUCUUUGGGCAAGUGUUUUCCUCUUACACUGGACAAGAAGAAAUUCAUGAAGCAGUCUGCAGCUCAGAACCUGAAAAUGUUCAGUCUGAUCCAAAGAAUUAUACCAGUCUUCUUGUUACCUGGGAAAGACCUCGUGUUGUAUAUGACACCUCAAUAGAGAGAUUUGCUGUCUUUUAUCAACAGCUGGAUGGAGAAGACCAGACUAAGCACGAGUUUCUGACAGAUGGGUAUCAGGACUUGGGGGCUAUUCUAAACAAUCUGCUGCCCAAUACAAGUUAUGUUCUUCAGAUAGUUGCUGUUUGCUCUAAUGGUCUCUAUGGAAAAUACAGCGACCAAGUCAUUGUCGAUAUGCCUUUAGAGGAUGCAGAGGCUGACCUCAUUCCUGAACUGAGUGAAGCUGAAGAAUAUGAGGAUGAAGUUGAUGAAAAGGAAACAGAGGUGGAUGAAGAAACUGCAGUGGUUCCAAGUACUGACAGUACAAUGAACCAAUUGAGGAGAGAUUUUCAGGUGAUUACAUCCAGCUACAGUCAAGGAAAAAAGGGAACAAAACCCAGUGAAGCCAAAACAAAUAGAUACCUAACAAGAGACGAAUUGCAUGGUAAGGAUAAUGUUUUCAAAGCAGUUUAUUAUGCUACUUCUCCACCUAUUGGUGAAAAUUCUGAAGAGGAAGAUCCCUUUUUGGAAUCCCAAACAAUUACUGGAAUUCCCCCUCAACUCAUUGACUCCACCAAAGGCGGAGAAGACGAGUUUAUAUAUCUUUCUUCAGGCACCGAGCCAACAAGAAUAACCACCACUGGCCUCAGUGAUGAAGAUUUCUUAUUGUCUCCUUUUAAACCUCAUCAGGAACCUGAUGACUUUUGGAGUUCAGUUCCUACCACUUCUUCAUCACAGCUGGUUACAGAGGAGGCCUCCCAAGACGAUGCCCUUCCUUCAGGAAGUCCAGAUAUAAGUGUGCAUGAUGUUCUUUCCCAAGGCUCCAUUAGAUAUAUUUCAGAAGUCGUAGCACCCUCAAGCUCCGAUGAGCCUCCAAAGCAUACUUCUUCCACUGAUGGAAAUUUAUGGUUUCAUAAUGCUUCAGAUCCAACAACUCAAUCUGUUGAUACAUCACCCAGCGGGCAGUUGUCUCAGGCCAGUUAUACUGAUGCUUAUGUAGAGGGAUUAAAGCCAACUACAACGCCCUAUACAAGCAGCCCAGUGGUUUUACAAGACACUUCAGAUGUGGAUUUAGAAUUGCCACAUUAUUCUACCUUUGCUUUCUCCUCUGCUGAAUUAUCACCUCACUCUAUCUCUUCAAGCUCUGGAGAAUAUGGUUCUGCUUCUGCUGCCAGUGAGGUACUCUCUCAGACAACUCAGCCAGUCUAUAAUGGUGAGAUACCUCUUCAACCUUCCUACAGUAGUGAAGUGUUUCCUCUAGUCACCCCCUUAUUGUUUGACUCUCAGAUGCUCGACACUACCCCUGCUACAUCAGAUAGUGAUGUGACCUUGCAUGCUACACCUGUAUUUCCCAGUGUUGAUGUGUCAUUUGAACCCACCCUGUCUUCCUAUGAUGAUGUACCUUUGCUUACAUUUUCCUCUGCUUCCUCCAGUAGUAAAAUGUUUCACCGUUCGUAUACAGUUUCUCAAAUGUUUCCACAAAGUGCUACUCCAGCUGUUGCAAGCGAUAAGGUGUCCCUGCAUGCUUCUUUGACGUUGGCAGUGGGUGAUCCAUUAAUACAGCCAAGCCUUGCUCAAUUUGCUGAUGUGGUGUCACAUCAGACCACUCAUGCUGCUUCGGAGACACUGAUGUUUGGUCAUAAUAGAACUCACAUAUUUACUCAAGUUGAACCAUCCAGCAGUGAUUUAAAUAUGCAUGUACUAUCUACAAUGUCUGAACUUCCUUAUGCUUUGUCUGGUAAUGUGGGCUCCCUCCAAAGCUUUACUGUUUCCUAUGACUCUGCAGAAUUUGUGCAUGGUUCUGUUGACGUAUUUCAUCAAGAUCCUUUAUUUAGCAGCUAUAACAAUGUACUGGUGCAUAAACCUUCUUCUGUAAUAUCACAAGCUGAUAUUUUGCUGCAGCCUACGCGCUCUCUAUCUAGUGACACGGAUUGGUCUGAAGCAUACUCUGGUAGUGAGUCCCUUUUGCCUGACACAGAUACUUUGACCGUACUUAAUGUUUCUUCCUCUGAUUUUGUUGAUGAGAUUCCAUAUGAAUCAUCUGGGUUUAGUGAUGUUAAUAAGAUACUUCAAAAAGGCGAUGUUAUAUAUGGAGAUGAGAGAGAACUGAAAAUUUCCUCUUCUUUAAGUGACAUGGCUUCCAGUGCUGAAAGUAAAGCGAUACAUGAACUUUCUACAUCUGUUUCUAAUAAUGUUGUAAUUGAGCAGAAUAUGUCUCUGCAAGAAAGCCCACUUCCUGUUUCUAGCACAAAGGGAAUCCUUCCAGUCUCUCUUGCUUUUCCCACUACUAAGAUAUUUGAUAAUGAUAUUAGUACACUUACAGAAAAGCACCUUUCUGUUCAGCCUUUGCAUGUUACAACUCCAGCCUUUGAUGACACUUUGCUUAAACCUAUGCUUAGUGCAAGCUCAGAUCAAGCUCUCUCUGUCCCUGCUUAUAGCAAAAUGUUAUCCUCGACUCAGCUGUACUUUUAUGAGACCUCAGCUACAGUAAAUAACGAAGCAGUACUGCAGUCCUCCUUCCAGUCUUCUGGCGAUGGCACUCUGCUUAACACAGCUGCAGUUGUGCCUAGUGAUCCUGUAUUGGCUGAAAGCUCAAGGGUUCAAAAAGAUAGUUCUGCAUUUGACCAAAUAUUGCAUCAAAUGGCACCAGGUUCUGCUACAACUGAAAGCAAGCUGCAUUCUACAUCUGCACCUUCUGUUGCUGAUACGAUGUCAAACACUUUUAGUAAGCCCACAGCAUCACUUCAAGCUUUAUCUUUUUCUUAUGCAAAUGAGAGAUAUGUUUCAUCCAGUUUAUUUAACAGUGAAGAUGUUCAGAAGGUUAUGCCUUCAUUGUACAGUAGCGAUGUUUCCUUCCAGCUGACCAGUUUAGAAAAUACAAAUGCCUUUCCGUCCCAGGCAGCGAAUGCUGCAACAACUCCCUUCCCAACAGGUGACACAUCAUCACAUGUAGCUACUCCUACAGACAGCCAUAUCUCUUCAAGUGUUUUUGAAAGAAUUGAGGCUGACAGUGUCUCUUCAAGUUCCACACUUGGUUUUGAUCCUGUUCAUAUGCCUGCAAUUGUUUCUGGUUCUGAUGUGUCCAUUCAUCACACUCUUCCUUUACCAAAUACACUUGUUUCAGUUACGGCUGUCCCUUCCAAAAGUGAGAUCCCUGUAACUUUGAAUAGGUUGCUGGUUCCUUCUGGAGAAUCCUCUGGGUUGUCUCCCAGUAUCAUGUCCAGUACUGAUUUGUGGUCUUCUGUAGUUGAGGAUGACUACGAUGAAUAUGAUGAUGCCUUCCCUGUAAGUAACUGCAUCUCGUGCACCUCCCAUAGAGAAGAUCAGGAUGUGGUAGUAGAGGAUGAAAACACAAAGGUAAAUAAUAACAAGGAUCAGAGUAACCUAAUUAUAAGUACACAUUCUGAGAAACCUGAAGAAGAGAAGUUUUCUACUGCUGCAUCUGACACUCAGAUAAACCGUGACAUGGACAGACAUAAUUAUACAUCCACACCAACUUUGACAGCGAAUGUGAUACCUGAGAAGCACAACAACCUGAAAAUUUUGGAGAACCACAUUCAGACUUCUAGUGUCCAAGUACAAAACACAUCAGAAUCUAAGUCUUGGGCUGUUUUGACAAGUGAUGAAGAAAGUGGUUCUGGCCAAGGUACCUCAGAUAGCCUUAACGAUAACGAAACUUCAACAGAUUUCAGUUUUCCUGACCAUAAUGAGAGAGACACUGAAGGGGCAGUUGAAGCAGGUAACUCAGAAUUAACUCCUGGAUCAUCACAAUCAUCAGCCUCAUCUGUUACUAGUGAUCAUUCAUCAGUGUUCAACAUCUCUGAGGCAGAGGCAAGUAAUAUUAGCCAUGAGUCUCGUAUUGGUCUAGCUGAGAGUCUGGAAUCAGAGAAGAAGACAGUUAUACCACUUGUGGUCGUAUCAGCCCUGACUUUUAUCUGUCUAGUGAUUCUUGUGGGUAUUCUCAUUUACUGGAGGAAAUGUUUCCAGACUGCUCAUUUUUAUUUAGAAGAUAAUACAUCACCUCGAGUGAUUUCUGCUCCCCCAGCUCCAGUCUUCCCAGUCUCAGAUGAUGUUGGAGCAAUUCCAAUAAAGCAUUUUCCCAAACAUGUUGCAGAUUUACAUGCAAGUAAUGGUUUUUCUGAAGAAUUUGAGACACUGAAAGAGUUUUAUCAGGAAAUCCAGAGCUGUACUGUAGAUCUAGGUAUUACAUCAGACAGCUCUAAUCACCCUGACAACAAGAAUAAGAAUCGAUAUAUAAACAUUGUUGCUUAUGAUCAUACUAGGGUUAAAUUAGCACAGCUUGCUGAAAAGGAUGGAAAACUGACUGAUUACAUUAAUGCAAACUACGUCGAUGGCUACAACAAACCAAAAGCCUAUAUUGCAGCUCAAGGGCCUCUAAAAUCAACAGCAGAAGAUUUCUGGAGAAUGAUAUGGGAACAUAACGUGGAAGUUAUUGUGAUGAUAACUAAUCUCAUUGAGAAAGGAAGGAGAAAAUGUGACCAGUACUGGCCUGCUGAAGGUAGUGAAGAAUAUGGGAACUUCUUGGUUACUCAGAAGAGUGUUCAUGUACUUGCCUAUUACACUGUGAGGAAUUUUACUCUUAGAAACACCAAGAUCAAAAAGGGCUCCCAGAAAGGGAGGUCCAGUGGGCGCAUAGUGACUCAGUACCAUUAUACCCAGUGGCCUGACAUGGGUGUUCCAGAAUAUACCCUGCCCGUUCUCACCUUCGUGCGGAAGGCGUCGCAUGCCAAGCGCCACGCUGUCGGGCCUGUUGUGGUUCAUUGCAGUACCUCACCUUUGAUGGAACAUUUGGAAAGAGAACCUCCUCAUGAAUUCUGUCCUUCUGGAGCUGACACUGAGAAAGCCAACAGUGCUGGUGUUGGAAGGACAGGCACAUACAUAGUGUUAGACAGCAUGCUGCAGCAAAUUCAGCAUGAAGGGACAGUCAACAUAUUUGGAUUCUUGAAACACAUACGUACCCAAAGGAACUACUUGGUGCAGACUGAGGAGCAGUACAUCUUCAUUCAUGAUGCGUUGGUCGAAGCGAUACUCAGUAAAGAAACAGAAGUCCCUGAGACUCACAUUCAUGCCUAUGUUAAUGCUCUCUUGAUACCUGGACCAACAGGAAAGACCAGACUGGAAAAACAAUUCAAGUUACUGAGCCAGUCUAACACACAGCAAUGUGAUUAUUCAACUGCACUCAAACAGUGUAACAGAGAAAAGAACCGAACAUCAUCUAUCAUUCCUGUGGAAAGAUCUAGAGUGGGUAUCUCAUCACUAUCUGGUGAAGGCACAGACUACAUCAAUGCUUCCUAUAUUAUGGGUUAUUAUCAAAGCAAUGAAUUCAUUAUUACUCAGCAUCCCUUACUACACACUAUCAAGGAUUUCUGGAGAAUGAUAUGGGACCAUAAUGCCCAGUUAAUAGUCAUGCUUCCUGAUAGUCAGAACAUGGCUGAAGAUGAAUUUGUGUACUGGCCAAACAAAGAUGAGCCUAUAAACUGUGAGAGUUUCAAAGUCACUAUGAUUGCUGAAGAACACAAGUGUCUGUCUAACGAGGAGAAGCUCAUAAUCCAAGACUUUAUUUUAGAAGCUACACAGGAUGACUAUGUACUUGAAGUGAGGCAUUUUCAGUGUCCAAAGUGGCCAAAUCCUGAUAGUCCCAUUAGUAAAACUUUUGAACUGAUCAGCAUCAUCAAAGAGGAAGCUUCCAACCGUGAUGGACCCAUGAUUGUACAUGAUGAGCAUGGAGGGGUGACAGCAGGCACUUUCUGUGCAUUGACAACUCUGAUGCAUCAACUGGAAAAUGAGAAUUCAGUGGAUGUUUACCAUGUAGCAAAGAUGAUAAAUCUGAUGAGGCCUGGAAUCUUCACAGACAUUGAACAGUACCAGUUUCUGUACAAAGCUAUUCUCAGCCUUGUCAGCACAAGACAAGAAGAAAACCCUUCAGCAUCUAUGGACAGUAAUGGCUCAGCUUUACCUGAUGGAAAUGCAGCUGAAAGUUUAGAAUCCUUAGUUUAAUUAGCACAUCAAAUCAAACAUACACAUCACAGCAUCACACCAAUCACACCUGGAGUUUACCUUUAUUAUUUUCAGUUUUAUACUUUGGGUGGGGAAAAUCUGUGCAGUCACUAUGUAUAAAAUCAGACCCCAACCAUUGCUCAAACCAGGUCAUUUCUGUUAUCUACGACUUUACUGUGGAACUUUUAUCAUUAACAAUGUGUGCCUUUUCUUGAAAGAUUUCUUGUAAUACAUUGUUACAGCUGGACUAACUUGAUUGACUUUUACAGUGUUUCUAAUAAUUGAAUUGUGGUAUGUUUUUUUCAGUAUUAGGUUUUUUGAUUUAUCCGGCUUUACUUUUAACUUAAAAUUACCAUAUUUAUAGAUGUUAGGGAAUUCUCAAUUACAAACAUGUCAUGGGUUUAGUAUUUGGUUUAUUCGCUGUAUUUAUAACAAUUUACAUUUGCUAGAAAUGCAACUUUUAAUAUAGUAGAAUGUAAAUAAGAUACUGUUCUACAUAACAUUCAACAUUUUAAGACUUCAAUUAGACAUUUAGAAUAGUAAUCUGAUACUUACUGUAAAUACUGCUACUUCUGUAGUGAUCCAUGGACCAAAUUUAUAUUUAUAAUUGUAGAUUUUUAUAUUUUACUACAGAGUCAGUUUUCUAGUUCUGUGUAAUUGCCUUGUUAAAAUGAUGUAGUCAGUAUGUUUUUACUUUAACAAAGUCUUCUGAUAUACAAUUGUGCAUCUUAAGCAAUUUACCUUCAUAUAGCUGCAUGUGAUUUUAACUUUUUGUGGGAACUAGAAAUCAUUUGUUUUGAAAUGAAAACUUUUUAUGAGACUAACACUGUACUUGGCAUUGUUAAAUUGUUUUUACCCUGGUCUUGCAAAAAUAAAUAUAAAUAUUCCA